GUGGGAGCCUCCGGGAAGAAGAUGCUCGGGCCAGCAGCCACCGCCAGCCCUGCCGCCGCUACCGCCCGCAACCGCCGCCCCCGGGGUCCCCAGUAGCGGCUGCCUCCGCCUCCCACCUCCGGCCCCGCUCCUCCGGCCCCCCGCCCCGAGCAGGGUCUGGGGGGCUCGGCCCUCCAGCCGGGGGAGCAAAGAAGGAGGUCCCGACCCCCCCCCAGUGGCGCGGCCAGUCCCUGGCCUCGGUAAUCUUGAGAGAGACCCCACCCCUCAGUUCUCUCCGGACCCUGUCGGGGACCCCCCUGGCCCUCCCGUCCUGCUCACAUCCGCUCUCCAGGCUCUGUCAGCCCCCCAGAACCAGCUCCCUCCCUCCUUCCCUCUCCAGGGUUCCCCCUCCCCCACCCCUCCGCCGCCGCCCCCUCCCCCUCCCACAUCCCCUUCCCUCCCCCUCCCCCACCCCCGUCCCCCGCCCCCCCCCGACCAUGAGGAUGAUGGCCGCCGGCGCGGUGCACGGCCUCUUCACGGCCUCCGCGGCCCCGCAGCCGCCGCCGCCCCCGCCGCCGCCGCCGCCGCAACCCCAGCCUCCCCAGCAGCCGUCGCCGCCGCCACAGCAGCCGCCGCCGCCGCCGCCGCAGCCGCCGCAGCAGCAGCAGCCGCCGCCCCAGGCCCCCCCCAUGGAGCCCGAGGCCCCGGAUUCCCGCAAGAGGCCCCUCGAAACGCCCCCCGAGGUGGUCUGCACCAAGCGCAGCAACACGGGAGAGGAAGGCGAAUACUUCCUGAAGGUGCUGAUCCCCAGCUACGCGGCAGGCUCCAUCAUUGGCAAGGGCGGGCAGACCAUCGUGCAGCUGCAGAAGGAGACAGGAGCCACCAUCAAGCUCUCUAAGUCCAAAGACUUCUAUCCGGGAACCACAGAACGAGUAUGCCUGGUACAGGGCACAGCAGAGGCCUUGAAUGCUGUGCACAGCUUUAUUGCUGAGAAGGUCCGAGAAAUCCCACAAGCAAUGACCAAGCCUGAGGUGGUCAACAUCCUUCAACCCCAAACCACGAUGAACCCCGACAGAGCCAAGCAGGCCAAGCUGAUCGUCCCCAACAGCACGGCGGGCCUGAUCAUCGGCAAGGGGGGCGCCACAGUGAAAGCCGUGAUGGAACAGUCGGGUGCCUGGGUGCAGCUGUCCCAGAAGCCAGAGGGCAUCAACCUUCAGGAGCGGGUGGUGACCGUCAGCGGCGAGCCGGAGCAGGUGCACAAGGCCGUGAGCGCCAUCGUGCAGAAGGUACAGGAAGACCCCCAGAGCAGCAGCUGCCUCAACAUCAGCUACGCCAACGUGGCCGGCCCCGUGGCCAACUCCAACCCCACCGGCUCGCCGUACGCCAGCCCCGCCGACGUGCUGCCCGCCGCUGCCGCCGCCUCGGCCGCUGCCGCCUCCGGCCUGCUGGGCCCCGCGGGGCUGGCGGGCGUGGGCGCCUUCCCGGCCGCGCUGCCUGCCUUCUCAGGCACCGACCUGCUGGCCAUCAGCACGGCGCUUAACACGUUGGCCAGUUACGGCUACAACACCAACUCCCUCGGCCUGGGCCUCAACUCGGCCGCCGCCUCCGGGGUCCUGGCCGCCGUGGCCGCUGGUGCGAACCCCGCCGCCGCCGCCGCCGCCAACCUCCUGGCGUCCUACGCGGGGGAGGCGGGGGCCGGGCCCGCCGGAGGGGCCGCCCCGCCCCCGCCGCCGCCCCCCGGAGCCCUGGGGUCCUUCGCCUUGGCCGCAGCCGCCAACGGCUACCUCGGGGCCGGCGCGGGCGGCGGCGCGGGCGGCGGGGGUGGCCCGCUGGUGGCCGCCGCAGCUGCCGCCGGGGCCGCCGGGGGCUUCCUGACGGCGGAGAAGUUGGCCGCUGAGAGUGCCAAGGAGCUGGUGGAGAUCGCGGUGCCUGAGAACCUGGUGGGGGCCAUCCUGGGCAAAGGGGGCAAGACGUUGGUGGAGUACCAGGAGCUGACAGGCGCGCGCAUCCAGAUCUCCAAGAAGGGAGAGUUCCUGCCUGGCACGCGGAACCGGCGGGUCACGAUCACGGGCAGCCCUGCGGCCACGCAAGCCGCUCAAUACCUCAUCAGCCAGCGGGUCACCUACGAGCAGGGAGUGAGGGCCUCAAACCCCCAGAAAGUGGGAUGAGGCCUGUGGUGUGUGCUCCCACCCCUCCUCCCGGCCCCUUCUCCUCCUCUUCCUUCUCCUCCCCUCCCCCACCCCCACCCCCACCCCCACCUCCUGACCUCAGCUCGGGUGUCGUCCUGCUCCUCCUGGGAUGGGGCUGGGGUAAGCCUGACUGCACCCUCCCCUCCUUCUGGUAGUCAUAGGCAGGAUUGAGGGAUGGCUGGGGAUGGGGCCCAGAAGCUCCCUCCCCGGCUCUGAACUGACCCUUCUUCCUUCCUCCCUGUGCUUGACUGGGCCUGACCCUCCACUCCCAGGGCCCGGGUCUGUGUGAUAUCUGUAUAUAUUGCAUUUUGUUGAUUUUAAUAGAAAACAAAGCGUUAUUUUCUCUUUCUUUCCCUCCUUUUUUUUUUCUUUUUUCUUUUUUUUCUUUUAUUUUUUCCUUUUAUUAUUUUUCUUUUCUUUUCUUUUCUUUCUUUUUUUUUUUUUUUUUGGUAAGGAUUUUUUUCCCCCUUUGUAAGUUUUUGUUUCCAUAUGGGAGGAGGGGAGGGAGCCUCUGGGCCACCUAGAAUGAGGGGCCUCCCCCAAACAACACCCCACCUCUCCUGCUUUCAGUUCCAGAUCUGAGAGAAGGGAUGGGAGUAGAGGUAGCCGAGGAGUCUGAGCUGAAAUGGGGUAUUUGGAGCAGGGACCCGAGAGUUCCCAGAUUUUCUCAGCGACUCUACCCCUACUGGAGCUGCCCCUCCUAGGUGGGACUGUUCACUGUUUUGUUGUCAGGUCGUAUGGGGGGGGGGGUUGCAGUGCUGCUGGGAAUGAGGCCAGCUCUAGGAUUGGUCCAGUCCUGUGGGCAAGACUCUUGUGAGAAGCUGGAACAGCUUCCUGUGGCAUCUUCUGUGGUUUUACCUAGAGUAAUGGGAAUGAAGGUCCCUGUUGGGAUGUCCCUCUCAAGAGUCAAGUACUCUCUGAGGUGCUGCUGGGACUCCUUCUGGUGUCACAGGAAGUAGUUCCCCAGAGGUGACUUCCUGUGAUGAUAGGACAGACAGGUACUUCCUAUGAUGUCUCAGUGGGCCUUCCUUGAAGGUUACUUCAGCAACAUCAUGGGGGCAUGUACUUCCUGUGGUAUCUCCAGGUUAUUUCCUGUGACGUCAUUGGGAUGGAGCAUGCACUUCCUGAAUUGGGCCAUGGCCAGUCACUGACACUCUUUCUCCGCCCGCACCCCUCUUUGGUGGGUCUUGGCCUGGGGGUCUGCCUAGGAGGAGAAUAAGGGGUGGGACUUGGAGCAUAUCUGGAGGACUCUAAGGAAAAAGACCCAAUAUUGUCAGGGUCAUCUCUAUCCAAAUACACCAAGUCUGUGAACCUGGCAGGGAGGGGUGGGAGAUGGAGCUAGUGAAAACUGUUAAAGACCCCCAUUCCCACCCCCGCCUUUUGUGUGCAUGCUUGUGUCUGCGUGGCUUUGUUCCAUUGAGUCUGGUGAGCCAAAUGUGUGGUGGCUCUGUCAGGCCAUCAUGACCCAGUGUAGAGUUCAGUGAGCCACGGUAGGGUCCCUUGAGCCUGAGUGCUUCGUGUGGUCUAGUAGAUUAGAUUGGCUUGUGGUUUCCAGCAAGCUGGAGUACUUUGGUAGUAUUGGAGGGAUCAGAAUGUUUUGGUGCUCUUGCCAUGGGCCCUGAGGAGCUAGAAUAUUCUGAUGGAGUCUGCCAAGCCAGACAGCCCGGAGAGUUGGUUUGGGAGUGGCUCCCUGAGCACUGUGACUGUGGUCAGCUCUAAGGCCUUGUUGGCAGGCUGAGAUUUCAGGGCCUGACAACCCUAUGGACUUAGGAUAGCUGAGACCCACCUCUCCCCUCAUCCAUCUCCCCCUCCCCCUUGGAGACCACCUCCACUUCCUCCAACCCAAAGCAGGGCCCCCAAUGCCCUGGUUCCAUCAUCAGCAUCUCUGGGGGAGGGGCACCCCAUGCCCACCCUCUCCCCCAUUUGUCCCCCUCCUAGGUCUUCCAGACCCUUCUCUACUCCAUGGCUUUGGGGGAAUCAGGCCUCCUCAUCUCUCUCCCACAAAGGGAGAGAAGAAAAGCCAGAGACAAUUCCCACCCCUAAAGCCUGGGAGACCCCUGCCCUUGCUAGAGAGCCACCCCCAAAUCAAAAUGUGAAAAUCCCUAGAAAGCAAUAGCCUUCAAGGUACCUUGCACUGAAUUUCCCACCCCGGCCCUUCCACCUGAUGGGAGGCUGUAGCUUGGGCACUAGGGUGACUUUUUCCAUGCCCUCUCCAUCUCCAGGGUGGGGGGCAGGCCCCAUUUCCCCAUCCCCCAUCUCCCAUCGCUGCUGCCCCCACCCUUAAUCUCCAGACUGAACCCAGAUGGAGAUUCGAGUGCCAAAACAAUUCUUGAUGUAACUUUGUACAUAUCUUCUGCGGGGGGGGGGGGGGGGGGGGGGAGGGGGCCGGGCUCUUGGGGUUGGAGGUGGAAGUGGCCCUGUGGGCCACUGCGCCCCUCUGCCUCUCAGAAGACCCUAUGGUAUUUCACAGUAUCUCCACCCACAGUGGGUAUUGCAGUGUCUAGCUGGAAUAUGCCCCCUACAGCCCCCCACCCCAGGCCUUCAUGAAGAGGGGAAGGAGCCAGGGAGAGGUAAAACGGUCUGGAAGUGGGGAGGUGGGAUUUGAACGCACUCAUUUGCAUAUCAUUUGCAUCCUCAGCUGCCCUGGUCUGUCAGAUGCUUUCUAUAGCCCCUUUCAUGGGAGUCUGGGUCCCCGUCAGUGGGACCCAGUACUCCUCUCACACAGACACGUCUCUGGAGGCUGGGCCUCCCGAAAAGUGUUCCCUUGGGGUAUCUGUGUGACUACCCCCUCCCUAUUCACAUCUCUCGGGGACCCCCUACCCCACCAGCCAGGGCUAUCUGAAAGGUAGUUUGCUAGCUCAGUGAGCUAGUUCACUCACCAGGUUGGUGAGUGGAGAGCCACACACCUUUCCCCGUUUUUACCCUAGGAAAUUCACUCUACCAUCUUCCCCAUCCCUUGAAAGUCUCUUCUGCAUUCUGACCUCAAUCUUUCGUGCUGCAGUAUGUCCAGAGGGGACACAGAUGUGGGGUCAGGGAUGGGGAUCAUUGAAAAACCCACCGCCUCUCCCCCCCCUUCCCUGUUAGCCAAUCAGAUCUCAGAGACUCUGAGUGGCCUCCUUGCACCCUGCUCUUCGGCACCCAGUAGGUGCUUAAUAAGUGUUUGCUGCAUUGACUUGUCUCCCUGUUCUUUCCCAUUUGCCCUCCAGCUCCCAACAUCUUCUUCCAGAGUCUCCCUCCCUCUCUUUCUCUCUUCUUCUUUCUCGGGCUCCCUAUGGCUUUCUACUUUCUCUCCUUGUGGCUCCCAUUGUUACCUGUCCUGUCUCUAUCUUUGUCUGUCUUUUUCUCUCUUCUCACUCCUCUUAACUCUCUUUCCUCCCCCACCUUCCCAUUGAUUAAAAAAAAAAGUGCCAAACUUCCUUGGAACUGAGCCGCUCUGGGGGGGAAGGAACCUCAGAUAGAGGGGAGGAAAUGGGACCAUCUCUCUCUGAGGAGGCCCCUAAGAGGCAUUGAAAAAGUCUGUGGACACUUAGCUAAAUUGGGUCCCCUUCCUCACCCCUCCCACCCUGAGUUUUUCUUAGAAUCUUUGUAAGAAAAAAAAAAAAAAAGAAAAAAACUCCCCUUCAGCGAAUCCCUAACCUUUUGGAUUCCCCAAAUUCCACCAGCCGGGGAGAACCCCACUUGCCUCCUUCGGGCAAAUCUGUAGAAAUUGCGUGGGGGGAGAGACAAGCUCAGCCCCUCUUCUGCUGGCCCCAGGGAUUGGUGCCAGCUGGAUUCCAGAGAAGGACCUCAAAGCACUUAUGAGAAGAAGGGGUUCAAUGUGCCAAAUUCACUUCCUUCAUCCCCCGUCUCAGGGGGCUCUGAGCCAACCUGCCCCAGCCACCUUCUUCUGCCCUGUCCCAACCAUCUCUCCAUGGGCAAGGAGGCUUCAUUGCAAUAAUUAUUAGGGGAUCAGAAGGUGAAGAUCGUGCCAUUUUUAUCUGCCCUAACGCCUGCCCUGGACUUGUAGGUGGGAAUUAUUAUGGGUACCCCAAGUGGAGUUUGGUUAAGAGUCGGCUUAUAGAUGGCUGGGGACCUAUACUUGGAAGAAUAUGGUACCACUUUUCUCUGAGUGGUAUUUCUUCUCCCCCUUCUUAACUCCCAAGUCCCUCAAUAUCCCCUCUUUCUGUUUCUCUUGCCUAUUCCUCCAUCGCACGCCCUCCUUAUUUUGUUUCUGAUUGGUGGCCUACUGUUUGGAAAGUGAUGAGGGGAUCCCCCUGCAUGGAUUAUUGCUCUUGCAAGACCAGGACUUGAGGUCGUGAUGGCGCUGAGCGGUGGAAAAAGUAUUCACUAAGAGUGGCGACGAGGGUGGCAAUUUUUGGGCGUCCAGGCUGCUGAUUGGGUGCACACCUCUCGGGACAGCCAGGCAGGCCUUCGCGCUGUUUGCCACGCACCUGCCCCCGCCGACUUUGAACUCCGAGGCCGGCCGUCGCGAAAGCCUGAACCGGAUGUCACGACGGGGAGAACGGGAUCGCGAUGCCCAAGUUGGGGCCCUGAGGGCCGGGGACACAAGUUUACGGCUCUCGUGGAGUCGCGACACCCAGCCCUGCUAUCCGAUCCCUCGCCACUGCAGUCAGCGGUCUGGACGCCGUGGUGGAGGGGCUUGUCUCCGUGGCGCCGCUGCCGGUGUAUGUAAGGUCCGUCUCAGUGCCCUCUGCCUGUCGCGUUGGGGAUUGCUGGGUGGCAGGGAGGGAGAUGGGGAACGUCUUUGGGGGGGGGGUUACGGGGACGGGGGCUGCUGGUAUUUAACCCCUUCUCAGCCAGUCCAGGACACUCUUGUCUCCCAGAGAUAAUUGGGGGGGACCGCCUAAUCCCCCUCCCCACACCUUUCCUCCUCCCUACCCGCUACCCCUCCCCCCAAAACCACCAACCUCUCAUCUUCUAAGUGACUCCAUCACCACCGGCCACCGGGACCUGCGGCCUCAUUGCUCCAGCCCGCCCCACUCGACCGUCAGACUCGCUCAUCGAACUCUUUUUGAUUAACCCUUUCUGUGUUCAUCCCACGGAAAACUGUGUGUCCGGCGAGGGGGAGGGGGGAGGCGAGGGGCAGUAGCUACCUUUCCUCCAUCUCCUCCCACCGCCCAUGCCUCCCCACUCGCACCCCAUCCCAUGCCCUACCCCCAUCCCUCACCCCCAGGGUCCUCCCCGCCCUGGGGAGAGCGACCUUUAUAAAUAUCUCAGCUGUUUGGCUUUGUCCCUUUCAAAGGCGGGGCCAGGGGCGUGGCCUCCUGCCAGUGGAGCGCUCACUCUGGCCCCACUCCUUUCUUUGCCCCCCCACUCUCCACCCCUUCAUUGUAAAUAGUCACUUUUGUACUGGGUUUGAGCCAGGGGAUGUGGGGAGUCAUUUUUUUUUCUUUGUGUUGGCAUCUCAGGGCACUGGAGGCAUGGCCCACAUCCCGGUUACAUUUGGGAGAAUCCCAAGGUGUGUCCUCACCCGUCCCCAGUGCUAAGGAUUUCAAGAUAUCAGUAUUACUCCUAGACGGAUGCGGUGCACAGAUCCCCUGGCAGGGAGGUGGGAGAGGCGUGGAAAGGUGUAGUCUGACAGGAAUGUUUCAGUUGUCCCCAUCUAAGAAUUGGGUUCGCCCUCCGGGUUCCCUGAGGAGCCUCAGUGAGAUAAUGGUGGAGUUAGAAUCUCUCUUCCCCCUUUCUCUGUUUGGGACAGACAGGGUAGGAGAGUGCGGGUGAGGGUAUGACCAUCUUUGGACAACUGACCACUAAAUCCUUAUGGGGACCUUAAGCUCGCCUCUCCCCAGGCUUGUUCUCUCUCUUGGAAAAUGGGGGGCUUGGAGGACCUGUAAGGUCCCUUGGGUAUCCCCAAUCCUUAGAUUAGCGGUCCAAGCCCAGAGCUGGCCCGCUGCCUGCCGGCCCACCCCUACAUUCCAUUUCUUGGGCCCAGACCAUCCGCCAUGUGGCCAUGCCUCCAGUGCCUCCAUUCAACCCCCUCUAACUGAUUCCUUCCAUCCUCUGCGACCAGAGACGCCGCCCACCCACCCCCCCCCCCCGCACCCCCCACCCCACCACCUCCAGAAGCUCCUGGCUGGGGCCCGCUGCCCUCUCCUCUCCCCCUCCCCACAUUGCCAUGCCUGGGCCACGCCCACCCCCACCCACCCACCCCCAGUGUCCGUCGUGUGACCUAGUGCACCAUGUAUUAGCUUCCAUGGCCCCCACCCCGGCCCCCACCACACCCCUCCCCCCCUCCCUCGGCGACUUCACCUUUUUUUGCCGCGAUAAACGCCAUCUCAGCA